AUGCCCAUACCGGAUUCAAACUCGGACCCGGUUCUGGAUCCACAUUCACACUGCGACCCGGACUCGAACUCGGUCCGGGAUCCUAAAUUGAACUCGGUCCGGGAGCCAGUUUCAAACUCGGACCCGGUUCGGGAUCCACAUUCACACUCCGACCGGGACUUGAACUCGGUCCGGGAUCCACAUUCGAACUCAGAGUCAGACUCGGAAUCGGGCUCCUCUUUCUGCUCGUUGGAACUAUCCGCCUCGUCGGACGGCGGAAGUCACCUCUCCUCGGCCACGUCGUCGCUGCUCUCCGCCUCGUCGGCCGCCGACGACGACGCCGACGACGACGUUGACGACGCCAACCUCAUCUCGCCCCUCCUCGCCUCCGCCGACGCUCUGCCCGAGGCCUGUUCACGGACCGUCUCCGACUUUUCGGUCGACCGGCACACGCCCUCGGACGCCUGGGCCCGUCACGGUCUGCUGGACACCGACAGAGCGGCCUGGUGGUCGCUAUGGCAUGUCUGGUCGCGGUAUCCCGGCCUGGGGAUGACGUUGCUGUGGCGUUGUCAUGACAGUGAUUCUGGCCUUGGCAGCGGCGAAAGUGAGCAUGAGCUGGGCCUGGCGAGAGGAGGUGGAGCGGCCGAGGGAGGCGCGGAGGCGAGUCGAGGGAAGGAGAAGAGGACGACGACGACGAAGAGCCGAAAAGGCACGUCCUUUUGGAGUCUGCGUGUCGGUCCUCUCGGACGCGUCGUCAGGAUGGCUGCUCCGCCCAACCUCAACCCGUUUGCCGACGUCCGACCGAGCAGAAGAUUGCGUGACACACGACGUCUGAUUGGUGGACCAGCGCUUGGUACCAACGGCCCCAGGCUCGAGGCCGACCCAGACGAGUGCCUACGACUUGGAUGA